CUUUAUAGUCGACAUUCCGCUACUAUGAAUAUUCUAAUCAACUGAUUACAUUCUUCUCUGCUGAGACAAAAACCAAUACCUUUGUGCCAGCAUUUAUAACAUGGAGACCUCAAGUCGGUUAAUCGUUAUAGUUCCAGCUCUCUUUGGUGCCGAUAUAGGUGGGAUUGUCUAUCGGACCAUUCACCUUCCGUAUUUUCAGUCGCGGGGUCAUAACUCGAUGGAAUUGGUUGUAUUCCCAAAAUUGGCUUACAACUCAAAAGAGGCACCGGAACAAACGACAGAAAGCACCACAGCUCCAUCAUGGUUUCCACUGUCCACAACCUUGGUUGAAGCAUGGCAAACAAUGCUUCCUGGAACGGGCCACAGAUUAGAAGAUCGCGAAUAUGUAUAGUCUGCUCGCUCCAUUUGCACAACCAUACCUAUUGGUUCCCAAAAUAGGCCCACUCCUCUACAAAGGGAUCCUCAGCAGGCAGCGAAGAGGCAGGCGCCUCUGGAUCGAAGAAGCUCAACAUCGGAGGCGCGCGUCGCUCAGAUAGUUC